CCUCAGCCUUAGCCACAGCCACAAAGGCGGCUCAAAUUUAAAAUUCCAUUCUUUUUGAAGUGAUUCUGUAUUCGGUUCGAUUGGAUGCGAGCAUGAAAUUCAAUUUGGUGCAGACACUGGUCUUCACUUUGUGCCUCAUAAGCGUGCAAAUAUAUGGCAUUCAAGAUGCCAGUGGGAAGCGGAUCGUGAGCAAGUAUGAGCGCAUAAUGCAGAUGUAUCCCCAGCUGUCCUCAGGCGCAGGCGAGUCCUCGCAGUGGCGGGCGGCCGAAAAGGAUAACGCGCGGCAUCCUUGCAAGCGCGACUGCGCCGAUAACCAGCCGAUGACCUGCUACUACUACAUGGUGGUGCACUAUGAUGAUACGAUGGCGGAGACCUGCAAGCGAUACCUCCAGUCCAAAUUCCGCUUCAAGGUGGGUGGGAAGGAGUACAUCGACGGCAUUAAACUGGCGGAGCAGAUGGCCGCGAACGACGACUGCAAGUACGCGGACGGACUGGAGAGCGAGGUGAUGGUGGUCAACGGGCAGCUGCCGGGGAUGAGCAUCGAGGUGUGCCACGGCGACACCGUGGUGGCGGAUGUGAUCAACAGCAUGCACGAGACGACGACGGUCCACUGGCACGGGAUGCACCAGCGACUGACCCCGUUCAUGGACGGUGUGCCCCACGUGACCCAGUAUCCGAUCGAGGCCGGCCAGGCGUUCCGGUACCGCUUCGAGGUGGACCACGGGGGCACCAACUGGUGGCACAGCCACACGGAGCACCAGCGGGCCUUCGGACUCGCCGGUCCGCUGGUGGUGCGGAUGCCGCCCAAGCUCAAUCCCCACGCCCAUCUCUACGACUUCGAUCUGACGGAGCACGUGAUCAUGGUCCAGGACUGGGUGCACAACUUCGUGGAGAGCGUCGCCGAGAACAUCCUGAUCAAUGGCCGGGGCAGGAACCUCAAGAAGGGCGCCAAGUCGCCCAAGCCGACCCUCUACGCCCACUUUCCGGUGGUCAGGGGCGGACGCUACCGAUUCCGGGUGAUCUUCAACGGCGUCUCCAAUUGCCCAAUUAGCCUGAGCAUCGACAACCACGACCUGGUGGUGAUCGCCAGCGAUGGCAACGACAUCGAGCCGGUGGAGGUGCAGCGGAUCAUGUUGCACGGCGCGGAGCGCUUCGACUUCGUGCUGCACGCCAACCAGGAGGUGGGCAACUACUGGCUGCGGGUGAAGGGCUACAGCUUCUGUGCGAAGAACCAGCUGCACCAGGAGGCGGUGCUGCACUACAGGGACGCGGACACCAAGUCGCUGGACACCCACACCCUGAGCUAUGCCUACGAUGCGCCGGGCAAGACGCUUAAUGAGCUGGGCGACGGGGAGGCGGGUGGCGGGAAGGGCACGAGCAGCAUAUCCCUGGCCAGUCUCAAUGCGCAGCGACCGGAACCGGAAGUGCCGCCAGCGGUCACCUUCUACACGAGCAUGAACGCGUUCGAGGUGAAGCAGGGCGAGGGCUUCCGCUUCCAGAUGGACGACAUCAGCUUCAGCAUGCCGAAGAUGUCCCUGCUUCAGACCCGCAACCUGGGCGUGGGCCAGUUCUUCUGCAAUCGCUCCCAGCAGGCGGAUCUGGGCUUCAAUUGCCGGCAGCGCCACUGCCAGUGCUCGAAUGUCAUCCAGGUGCCGGCCAACCAGCAGGUGGAGUUCGUCGUCUCCAGCCUGUCGAAGACGCCGCAUCCAGUCCACCUGCAUGGGUACACGUUCCGGGUGGUGGGCAUGGGCGUGCUGGGCGAGCAGAAGAUCGGCCAGAUCGAGCAGAUCGACAGGAAGUCGCCGCUGCCGCGUCGCGGAAAAGGUGCUCCGCUCAAGGACUCGGUGCAGGUGCCCGCCUUCGGCUACACCAUCCUCAGAUUCUACUCCAACAGUCCAGGCUACUGGAUGUUCCACUGUCACAUUUCGCCGCAUUCCGAGAACGGAAUGGCCGCCGUGGUGCGGGUUGGCGAGGAUGUCGAGAUGAAGAUGUGCCCGGUGAGCAACUGCGGACUGUGCAGUUCGGUGGCCUAGUGGGCUCGAUCGCAAAGUUCCCUCAGUUAUAUGCAAUAAAAGCGUUACCUUCAAACUGGCA